AUGCUGUUGAAUACACAAAUCAUAAUCAAUGCCAAGCCAGAGAAAGUUAGAGACAUAUUUUUAGACUUACAGAAGCAUUCGGAAUGGAAUCCGUUUUUCACUAGCGUUAAGAUUUACACUCCGGGUGCAACAAGUCCGCUCCCAGGAACUCAAUUAGAAAUUAAAAUGAAACUAAACGGCGACAAUGAAAACACAAUGUAUCCUAUCGUGUUGGAGAACAGUGCAAGUGCUUUUAGAUGGAAAGGCAAAUUGCUUUUUGAUUUCAUGUUUGUUGGUAUACAUUCGUUUGAAUUUAUCCCCUUAGAAAUAGAUGGCCAAACUAAAACAAAGCUUAUUCAAUCGGAAGAAUUUAGUGGUAUUUUGGCUUAUGUUUUUGAAUGGACAGGCUUGAAAGAUAAAACGAAAAAUGGUUUCGAAGAGCUUAAUCAAGCUUUAAAAAUGCAAAUAGAACAAGAUCAUUAA